AUGUUCGAAAUAACUAUCUUGAAGGAUACUAUACCCAUACAUCCGUCAGAUUUUGGGCUUCCCCCAGAACAGGCACUCAUCGCAGAGCUCAACAAAAAAUACGCCAAUCGCGUCUUGCACGGCGUAGGACUGUGCGUGUGCACCUUCGAUAUCACAGAGGCCGGGGAGGGGAAGGUACGGUAUGGUGACGGCUUUCUAUGGUACAAAGUUAUCUUUCGGAUGGUUGUAUUCCGUCCGUUUCCCUCUGAAAUUAUCCUCGCAAAGGUCAAGUCAGUUGAUGCAGAGGGGAUGCGAUUGACACUUGGGUUCUUCGACGACGUCUACGUGCCGUCCGCGUACCUUCCAGCACCUUCAGCAUUUGACAUAAGUCGAAGGCAGCACUUCUGGGUGCCGCCAGGGGACGAGGAAGACCCCCCUAACCUUCUGGACGUAGAAGAGGACAGGAGGAUGUAUAUUGAGGCAGGGGAUCAAGUCCGAGUACGUGUAGAAUCGGAUGAAUUCUACGACGACGAGCCUGGCCCUCCGAAGGCUACUGAAGGCGUCACCGUACAAGCUAUUCCACGGCGAUCACCAUAUAGCAUCAUAUGUUCCAUGAGCGAGCAGGGUCUUGGGCCUGCAGCUUGGUGGCCAUCAGACGAUGGCGACGAGGAAAUGGACGAUGGUUGA